GCGGGUUAAAGAGGGGGCGGGAAACAGGUCACUUCCGGUUUGUGUCUGCGCGUUGUUAAUGGAAGGUUCGGUGGCAGCGCAGAUCUACAGAGCUCCUUCACAUACAUGAAAUCAUGCACCAGUUGCCACGAGAUACUGUGCGGCUGCUGUCGAGCUCCCAGGUCAUCACUUCAGUGUUGAGCGUUUUGAAAGAACUGUUGGAAAAUUCCCUGGAUGCCGGAUCUUCAAGCAUUGACGUUAAACUGGAGAAUUAUGGUUUGGACCGGAUAGAAGUACGUGACAAUGGCCAUGGAAUCAAAGCUGCAGAUACUCCUGUGAUGGCUGUGAGACAUUAUACCUCAAAGAUCUGUAGCCAUGACGACCUGGAGCGUCUGGAAACGUACGGCUUCAGGGGAGAAGCACUGGGUUCCAUUUGUGCAGUGGCAGAGGUAGCUGUCACCACGAAGACGGUGGAGGAUGACAUCAGCAUCCAAUACAUGCUUAACCUCACAGGGGAGAUUGUCUCUCAGAAGCCGUCUCACUUGGGUCAAGGUACAACAGUGAGUGUGCUGAAGCUUUUCAAGAAUCUUCCAGUCAGGAGGCAGUACUAUUCUUCGAGCAAGAAGUGCAAAGAGGAGCUGAAGAAAGUACAAGACCUGCUGAUGGCAUAUGCUAUAAUCAAACCUGACCUGAGGAUCACGCUUGUUCACAAUAAGGUGGUGGUUUGGCAGAAGACCAAGGUGGCCGAUCACAGAAGUGCCCUCCUUGCUACGCUGGGGCCCAGCGCUGUUGCCAACCUGCUCCCAUGCCACUAUCACCAAGAGCAACCAGAGAUCUCUUUAGAGGGUUUUUUCCCAAAGCCUGGAGCAGAUUUUUCCUCUACAAGCUCAUCUAGCCCAGACAAAACGUUUCUAUUUGUCAACAACAGACCUGUCCAUCAUAAGGAUGUAUUGAAGUUGUUGCGCCAACACUACGCGGCUCAGUAUCCAGGGGAUCCAGCCCAAAAUCGAUAUCCCACCCUUUUGCUUAAAAUGACCGUUUCACCCUCUUCGGUUGAUGUCAACCUGACACCGGACAAGACCCAGGUUCUACUUCUAAACAAGGAGGCUGUGCUGACUGCUAUAGAGGCAAUGCUGGUUUCUCUCUAUGGCUAUCAGCCUGGUUGUGAGCCCUCAGCUGAGAAACAGCUCGGCCAUGAGAUGUCUCCUCUGCCAUUGAGUCCUUCGCAGACUGAUGCUUCACGACUUGUCACUGGGCAAAGUAAAGAAAUGGAUGUCAGUGUCACCAACCACAAUGGCGAUGACAUCACUUUGUCUACGGCUAAGGGCACGGGUGCGUCACUGCAGCCCCAGACCUCGAACAGCAGUUCUUCAUCUUCGGUAGCAGAGGACUGGAUUGUCCCCCAGAUCUCAGCCAGGCGUGAGUCUAACGUUUCUCUUUAUGAUGAUGAAAUGGCUCAGAGCUGCAUUCAGACAACAGAAACAGGUUCAGCAAACGAAUCCUUGGAAAGACUUGAGGACAAUAUGGUGACAGAAAAAAACAAACACCAGAUAUCAGCUGAGGACUGGAGCCGCGGGACGGCUCUGACUGACCCCUUAACACGAGAACCCCUGCAGCCCGUUAAAAUCCAUCAGCCCCCGAAGCACAAUCAUUCUGACUCAGAUGAGUUAAAGAGUCAAAGCAGCUCAAACAAAAAGAUGUUCAGUAGCAUAAUAGAGAAGCGGGAUGCACUGACAGCCUACGACCUGAUCAGCAACCGUGCCAUCAGGGCUCCGCUGUCUUCUGCCACCUCACUGGAGAAGGAAGUCAGAGCUGAGGUGCUGAGCGAGGAACCCACAGCUGGCCUGCAGGAUAUCAAUGUCACUGCUCAAGAGAGGUGGAAAAAUCUGAGGGAGGACGACCAUAAGAAGUCUGAGGAGAAGGCAAAGCAACACCAUGACCAAAGGACCAAAUUGGCCCCUGCUGAGGGCCCCAGAGAUCCGAGUGUGAGCACCCCAAAGAGCCACGUGCGCGGCCAGAAACGCAAGGCCCCGCUGUCCAAUCAGCAGCUGCUGGACGAGCUCUUCUCUGCACAGCCCCAAAAGAAGAUGAAGAACUCUGCACCUAAGCCCUCACAGCCCCUCCCCUGCAGCGUGGCUGCCCUUCGGCUGCAGCUUCAGCGCCUCUCAUCCCAGUGCAGCGCAGCACCGCGGGGCCUCCGUCUUGUAAACCGACUGGCCUCUCAGAGCGCCUGGGUCAUUUUAUGUGGUCAGAGGCUCAUGUUGUUAAACCCAUUUCGAGUGGAGGAAGCCUUGCUGUUUAAGAGACUUCUAGAGAAUAAUAUACUUCCAGCUGAGAGUCUGCAGAACCCUAUACAGUUAACAGAUGGAAAUUUAGGGGGAGCUGAAUAUACAGAUGCUUUGUGCAACAUGGAGAAACAAAGCCCUGAGCUGGACGGACGCACCCUCUUCUCUGAUCCCAGGCUUGUAGCUAAUGGGUUUAAAAUCAAACUCACCCCAGGCCUCACAUCAACUGAUAGACAUCUGGAAGUGACAGCAAUGGCAGACUGUGUGCCUUUCCUCGGUGUGGAGGACCUCAGGGAGAUCCUGACUGCAGUUCUUCACAGGAAGGCCGGGACCGUGCAGGAGUGCCGGCCACUUAAAGUAACAAACUACCUUCAAGGAGAAGCAGUACGACUUGCCCGUCAGGUGACUACAAAUUUAUCGAGGGAAGAUGUGGAGGAAAUCCUUGUGCGGAUGGAACAGCAGCUUGGUGAGAACAGUAGGUCCUGCAUCCAUGGUCGGCCAUUUCUCCAACACCUCUUAGAUGUCCCUGUCACAGAACAGGAGGCUGAGGCUCUGCUGAGGCCUUUAGAGCUGUAGGCACGUUAAUGAAAACUCACAGCAGUGCAAGAUGAAACAGCUGCCUGUUUGUUUCCAUUCUCAAAUGAUGUUUAACUUUGUUACAACAAGAAUAUAAAAAUAAACAUAUUUAUUCACA